ACAACUAAUACAUUUCUUCAAACCCUCUUCCAGUUAUGAUAUAUUCAACAACUUCCGUUAACACUUUCUCCUUUCACCUCUCAAAAACAGGUUUGUUACCGUUAGAUUGGCGAUCAAGGAGAUCAUCAUCAAGAGUGGUCGCAACCAGAAUUCUUGCAUCAAGAAGAGAUCAUCAAGCCAAUCAUCAUCAUAAUCAUCAUCAUAAUCACUACAUGAGCAGCAGCAGAUUGGUGGAUGAGAACAUGAUUGUUCUGAGGAAGAGGAUUCAUGAGAUGAAGAUGGUUGAGAGGAAUUAUGAGCCUCCUUCUGAUUGGAUGGAUUGGGAGAAGAAGUAUUACACUUCUUAUGAUUCUCUCAUAUGUCAAAUGAUGGGGUUUUUGCAGUCUCAGAUGAUGAACACAAGGCCAAGCUUGGCUUUGGGAAUGGUGGUUUUGGUCAUCUUGAGUUUGCCAACUUCUUCCGUUAUGGUCUUGUUCCAUUUGAUGGGUCUAGCUAAGGAACUCUUAAUUAAUUAAUUAGUGGUUAAAUGAUUUUCAUUUUGUUCUUAAUUUUUGUUUGGUCAUGUGUGUAAAUACGAAGAUCGGUGUAGAGGUGUAAUUUUUUUCAUUUAUGUUCAGUAAUGAAACUAUAUAUGGUUUCUUAC